ACUCCUGCGGCAGCUGUCAAGUUAUUCGUACAAAACUAACUUUCUCCAAACAUUACUCAACCACUUCUGAGUAAUGGUUACACCAGGAAGUGGUUUAAUAUUUCAAAAGAAAUAGAAAUAUCAGGAAGAUGGCCCAAGAUUGAGAAAUUUGUGAGAAGAGAGAGCGUGAGAGAGAAUGAGAGAGAGUGAGAGAGGGAGGGAGGAGGAGGAAGUCAAUUACCCCAGGAUUUGUUCUUCAUGAAGCACUUUGAACGUCACUUAUAAGGGAGAACAGAAGAGCUGUGGUGCUACUGAGGAAGACGACAGAGACAGAGAGACAGAGACAGAGAGACAGUGAAGGCGGAGUAAAGACAGAGGAUUCUGGCUGUUCAACAUUCACCAAAUGCUCAUGAGGUGAACUAGAGAGAGACCCUGGUCUCUGCAGCUCAGCUGAUGAGAGAAGAUGAAGAGCCAAAUAACCAGUGCCAUCUCUGACUUCUUCCUUGAGUAUGAGACCCCACGCCAGGUGUUGGUUAAGAACAGGAGGGUGGGAGUGGUGUGCCGUCUCAUCCAGCUGGGGGUCCUGGUGUACAUUAUUGGGUGGGUGUUCAUCUAUGAGAAAGGCUACCAGUCCACAGACACAGCAGUCAGCUCCAUCUUCACCAAAAUGAAAGGUGUGGGCUACACUAAUGUGAACGGGACAGAGAGAGUCUGGGACGUGGCAGACUACGUCUUCCCACCACAGGGAGACUCGUCAUUUGUGGUGAUGACUAACUAUAUCAUAACUGAAGGUCAGAGUAUGGGAAAGUGUCCAGAGCUGAAGGGUUCGCACAACUGCAGCUCAGAUGCCGACUGUGAAGGAGGAGGAUACAAACGUACGGGACACGGGGAAAUGACAGGAGUCUGUGUGAAUUCCACCAAGACCUGUGAGGUGUUGACUUGGUGUCCGGUGGAGGACGAUCACCACAUACCCAAACCUGCUCUGUUGACGUCGGCAGAAAACUACACCCUGUUCAUCAAAAACUUCAUCACUUUCCCUUUGUUUGAAGUUACAAGGAGUAACCUGGUGGAGGGUAUUGACUCAGCAUACAUCAGCAAAUGUCUUUAUCAUCCAGACGACGCUCCUCUCUGUCCAAUAUUCAAACUGGGAGACAUUGUCAAACUCUCGGGCUUUAACUUCGACCUCAUUGCCCAGAUGGGAGGCGGCAUCGGCAUCGUCGUGGACUGGACGUGUAACUUUGAUUUGAAUGUGAAACACUGUAAACCGACGUACAAGUUCCACGGUCUGUAUGGAAACCCUGACGAGAAAGACAAUGCCAAAGCCUCAGUGGGAUACAACUUCAGGUAUGCAAAAUAUUACGUGGAGGACAAGAUUAAGAAGAGAACCCUUCUGAAAGUGUUUGGGAUCAGAAUAGACAUCAUCGUCCAAUCACUGGCAAGAAAAUUUGAUAUAAUCCCAACCCUGACAGCCAUAGGAUCUGGAGUGGGUAUCUUUGGAGUGGCCACGGUGGUUUGUGACUUGAUGUUGCUCUACCUGCUCCCGAAAAGAGAGUUUUACAAGGACAUGAAAUUCAAGUACGCAGAGACAUACGUUCAGGAUCCUGAGACAGAGCCGGGCAGCAUGGAGACAGAGCUGUCAAAGAAGUGACCAGAGGACGAAGGUUGAGGAAGAUAGACCUGCUUUUUUCAAGAUGUCUCGAACCCAGCGUGAUCUCUCUCUCUCACACACACACACACACACAUACACACACACUGGUAAACAGGCUGUAAAUGAACUGUGAAUUUUGUGAAUCUUUGGACUCCAGCAACCACCGUGCUUAUCCUGACGGACAAGGACUUUUGCCAUUGUUGGCAUAGCACAGCUGUAAGUGUACUUAAUUGUGGGUGUAACUAGGUUUUCUUUUGUUGACCCACCGGGUGUAACCUACACCUACUAACUAUCUCCAAAUAUACACUGGUAUUAUGUCAUAAAAUUAAUUCCAGGACAGUUUCGACACCAUUCACCAACAUGUCAAUCAUUACCUCCAUCUCUCUCUCACCAUGUGUGUUCAUGCCAGCUCUACAUCAAACCAUCCAUUGUGUGGACCUAAUGAUUCCUAUACCUACAAGCGUUGUACAGUGAUGUUCUAUUUUCUUCUUGGGUCUCACAGUGUUGACAGACACGGCCUCAAUAAUAAAUGAUUACAUUUUGUCCUUUAUUGUUAUUAUUGUAUUGUUUAUUAUGUGUAUGUGUACAAAAGCAUGCAAAAAAUAGUUUAUUUAUAAGUAUUGGUACAUAUUUACAUACAUCAACACCUGCAUUCCAUACAGAGGUGCCAUGCGUUGGUUUUUAUAGCGAGACGGCGAGAACAUUCCGGUAAACGCACGAGAAGUCCAGAAACACGAGGACAACAGGCGACUUGAACACAGCAGAGAAGACGGUUACGUUAAACACUCCGGAGAGACGCUGAACACACAGUAUAAACUUUACACACACUCUCUGGUCCACGCACCUCCAUGUCCUCAUGAUAGAAUACAAAUAACUGAACCAACAUGACAUCAUUCCCAACAUUCACUGCUGCUGCAGCAACUCUAACCGGCCGUGUUGAAGUGUAACCAACCCAGCUGCAACACAACGAAGCGCAUGGGUCAUUAAAAACGAAUGAGUCAUCAUAUAUGUAAGUAGGGGUUCCCAACCCCCGGUCCAGGGACCGGUGCUGGUCCUUAGGUUAUCUGGUAACGGGCCACAGUUAAAAAUUCAGUUUUACUAAUUUACUUCAUUCAAAAAGAAUCCAGACAUGUCCCUUCACUUUUUCAUUAAGGGAUAAUCUGACAAUCUUUGAAAACAAAAGGUCAUUCAGACUCUGAUACUAACAGAAUAAAGUCAUUGUAAAGAUGUUUUAUUUUGAAAAUGUAAUGAUCCUUCAACGAUGGUGCAGUAUUACCGGUCCGCAGUAAUGCCUGAUACUGGCUGACCGUGCCUUGGUUAAAAAAAACGCCAACAGCUUCAGGCACUGAGAAAACAAACAGCGACUUCCUCCAAUUCAAGCAAUUCAAGUUCAACCGGAUGUGUACUUCACUAAAAAACUGACAGAAAUAUCCAAAGUCAUAACUAAUGCAAAAUGAAAAGCUGUCAACGUGAAUACUGAAUGCAGUGAUUGAUGGCUGUGGUCUGAAGCUGAACUCAGUUCAUCAGUGAAACCCA